GGUACAUGGGGAGAUCGGCGAAGGUUCCGGAAGGAGUGAACGGACCCAGGACCGGGCUGUGUCGCAGUGAGGGAGGUCACGUUGUUUCCUUACCAGCUAGCUACUGAACAAACUUGGGUGUAGUGACAAUGUUGGUGGCAAGGUUUGCCUGCCUGAAGAACCUACCGGCACUGAGCCUGCGUCCUGUUCUCACCCAGCAGAGUCCAGCCUGGAAAUGUCAUAAUAUAAAGGCUAGACAAUGGCUUUUGCUACCCAAACAGAAUUAUGCCACCAAGUCACGCGUUGCCGUGCGCCGAACAAAAACAAUGCAAGAAAAGAUGAAGGAAGCAAUGUUCAGCCCUUCAUUGGAGACUGCAGCCAAAUUUGAAAACACUGGGAGAUUGUUCAUAGCUGGAGGGGCAGCUCUUGGGCUUGGAGCCCUCUGUUACUAUGGAUUGGGAAUGUCCAAUGAGAUUGGAGCCAUUGAGAAAGCUGUCAUCUGGCCACAGUACGUAAAGGAGAGGAUUCACGCCACAUACAUGUACUUUUCAGGAAGUGUGGGGCUAACUGCACUCUCGGCCCUAGCGAUCAGCAGGUCACCAGCAAUCAUGAAUCUGAUGACGAGAAGUUCAUUUCUGGCCAUAGGAGCAACUUUUGCAGUAAUGAUCGGAGCGGGUAUGCUGGUGAGAUCUCUCCCGUAUGAGAAAGGACUGAAUGCUAAGCACUUUGCCUGGAUGUUACAUGCAGGUGUGAUGGGAGCUGUGGUUGCUCCAGUAACUCUUCUUGGUGGGCCUCUACUGCUCAGAGCAGUCUGGUACACGGCAGGUAUCGUGGGAGGCCUCUCCACCGUCGCCAUGUGUGCCCCGAGUGAAAAGUUCCUCAACAUGGGUGGGCCGUUGGCAGUUGGGCUGGGACUGGUCUUUGCUUCAUCCAUAGGCUCGAUGUUCCUGCCACCCACAUCCGUAUUGGGUGCUGGUAUGUACUCGGUGGCCAUCUAUGGAGGUCUAGUGCUCUUCGGCAUGUUCCUGCUGUAUGAUACCCAGAAGGUGAUAAAGCGGGCUGAGAGCUACCCAGUUUAUGGCGUCCAGAGAUUUGAUCCUAUCAAUGCAUGUAUGGGGAUUUACAUGGAUACAUUGAACAUCUUCAUUCGAGUCGCAACGAUACUGUCAAAUAGUGGUGGUGGCAGAAAGAAGUGAUGGGGGAAGACUGCAACUGGAUGGCGUGAUGUGAAAUGUAUUGGUUGUGUGAUCAUCACUGGACUUCACUAAUCAGACUUCUGCUGAGACAGCUAAUGCCUGUGCAACAUUAGAUUGACUUUGAACAGCUUUGCACCUCUGUGUCCGCAGCAAAUAAAAUUGAAGCCAAAAAGGGAAUAUAUUGUCUGUGUAUAAAAUAAAAUUACCUUUCGUGCUGUAGUACUCUUUAAUAUUUGUAUUUUGCUGCCAUUUGAAAAUGUUCAAAGAAUCAAAGAUGUAUUUGUUGUAUCUCACCAACUUGAGCAGAGAGUUUGAUUUAUGAAUGUAAUAUCCUGAAGUUGAAUAUGCUGCUGGUUUGGCCAUUCCACCUUUGGGCAUGUGUUUGGUUCCAAGUUUCUAUUUGAUCCUUUGCACCAGCAUGGUGUGGGUUCUAAGUAAGGUCCUUUGACUUCUGAGAAAUAUUAUUAUUCCAGUUUUAAAUAAUUUGCAUGUAUAAAUUGUGACAUGACACCUGAAUAAUUUUGAUUACUGUGAUUUGCAUAUUAAUGCUAUUUAUUAAUUCUUGGGUUCCAUUUAGACAAUAAAUGUCAGCUUUUGGAAAUAUUCAGAAAUGGGGUAGUGUUCUAUCCGAAUCACUUGAUUCACUCCAUAAUAAAAGCUAUUAUCAUUUUUAGCAGUAA